AUGCAGAUAACCGCGACCUUAAAGCCGUCCCUGCUGAGCUUGGCGGUGUACCUUGCCCUCGUACAGUCAACCAGUGCUACUGCUACUAUCGGCAUUACUGAGGCGGCUUUGGCGCUGAACGGGCUCAUGACGACCUACGACCCUCUCACAGGACUAUGGGGGUAUGGCGAGCCUGAUGCACCGUGGUGGCAGAGCGCGGUCGCCCUGCAGGCUGUUUUGGACUUCAUGAUCACGACCGGCACCCGAGACUACGUCCCUGUUGUUACCAACACCAUCGAUAUCCAGCGGAGGCCUAACCCAAACGGCCCGCAAGGUAGUGGCGACUUCCGAGCUUCAAGCACCGAUGACACUGCCUGGUGGGCUCUGGCCCUGAUUUCUCUACAUGCGAUCACUGGAGAGCAGUGGCUGCUCGAUGUGGCCAUGGCUGACGAGGCCUACAUAUCUCAGUGGUGGACAACUGAAUGCGGUGGUGGUCUGAUAUGGCAGAUUAGAGCUCUCUCAUACAAGGCUAGCAUAAGCAAUGAAUUGUAUAUUGAGCUCACCGCCACACUUCACAACCUGAUUCCCGGCGAUAAAACCUACCUUGCAAAAAGUUUACUUGCCUGGGAAUGGAUGAAGCAGAGCGGCCUAAUGAACAAUGCCUCUCUGAUCAACGAUGGCCUGACGGAGACUUGUGGCAACAACACUCCAACUUGGACGUACAAUCAAGGCGUUAUCCUAGGGGGGAUGAUCCAAUUGUACACGGCAACUGGCGAUGAAAAAUUCCUCUACACGGCGCGCUCCAUUGCUGAUGCAGUACUGGCGAGCAGUAAACUUGCACCUCAAGGAGUGCUGACUGAGCCAUGCGUUGGCGAAUGCAAUACGGAUCAACAUUCAUUCAAAGGUAUCUUUGUACGCUACCUUGCCAAACUCAAUGCAAAGCUUCCGGACCGACCAUAUUCCACCUUCAUUACCAGCAAUGCAGCGAGCAUGUUUGCCAAUGAUCAAUCCACCAGCGAGGGAAGACCCAAUGACGAUUACUACGGGUUACGAUGGCAGGGCCCUUUCGACAAGAACUCUCUGGGCAGCCAGGAAAGUGCACUCAUGUUACUGACCGCAGCAUUUUCUCUCGAUAGAGCAAUGGGUUGA